UUUACAAGACAGGGGUCUCUACGAACCUUAUCAAAAACCGCUAGCAAGGUUAUUAUGCACUAAUCCAGUUUGAGAGUAUUCAUAUCCACCGCCUUACGGCAGAAUUUAAUUUUUGGUCAAGUUUUCAGACUGAGCUCUUCAGAGUUCACAUUUUUUGCAUCUAUCAAGCUUUAUUUCGAAAUGGGUAGCAAAAGGAAGCGAUCAGCUCAAGAUGCUGCAGUUGCAGCCCCUGCUGCCAAGAAACAACAAAAAGACUCCAAGUCAACGACCAAGAAGCCCGCGGAAGCUCCUGCUCCUCUCGAUACAUCCCCGUUUGUCAACAACCCAAAAGGAGACGAAUUAAAGCGUGAAGUCAAGCUAUAUGACAUGCUCAGUAGUGAGGAUGAUUUGCAGAGACUUGAUGCCGCCAAUGCCAUUGUUUCCGGGUUAUUGGGCGAAAAUGGAGUCGAGGAAUCAACACUACAAAGGCACUUGGAAAGAAGAUUAUUUCGGGGACUUGCAAGUGGAAGAAAGGGUGCGCGAUUGGGCUUCAGCAUUGUUCUUUCAGAACUCUUGGCGCAGCUCUUUGGUGCUGCGAACUUGAGCGCGACAAAAUAUCCUGGAUUGACCUUCAAUAACGUCUUCGAAUUUUUAAUCCUCAAGACAAAACCAGAGGGUGAUCUUAGCGGACAGGAACAGAAGGAUCAUGCGCUCGGCUUGUUAUUCGGACUACAAUGUUUUGUUAGGUCCAAAAUUCUCUUUUCGAUCGACGGGAAGUGGGAACUGGUCUUAGACAAGCUAUUGGAGUUAUCGAGCAAAAAGUCCUGGACCCGGGAAGAAUGCGGUUGGGUGAUUAUGGAAGCUUUGGAGCAGAUGGAUCAGGAACAAGCAGAAUCAACUUUGAGUAAAUUGUGCGAUGCUGGAUUGGGACUUUCACCAGAAGGUGUCGGUAUCUGGCUUAGAGCAAGGGAUAAGUUCCCAAAAAUGAAGUUUCCAAGCAAGCCUUGGGGCCAAAGUGGUAACCCAUUGGAGCAUCUUAAUUCCCUCGCCAAAGCCCUCAAAGAAAGCUCAUCCAGUGAGGAAACUUCAAGUAAAGGACAACAGGCCAAGCAGACUGGGACUUGGAAUCCAAAAUUACAUUUUGUCUGGGAUAUUGUCUUGAGUCAAUAUGUCAAGGCAGCUAAUAGCAAGGCGAAGAACAUCAUGUCUGAAUUUGACAAAUUCUGGAAAGUCACUGUUGAUGGUAGGUAAUUUUAUUCUAUGGGUUUGACUAUUACUAACACUCCACCAGAAAAUUUGUUUUCUGCAUCUGCAUCAAGGGAGCGUAAAUUUUGGGGCUUUCUAGUCUUCCAAAAGAUGAUUCAAAGCCAUAUUUCGUGUACAAAACUUAUCACUAGUAUUUUCAGCCACAACCUCGUCCGUUGUCUCAUCAAUCAUGUUCAAGAGAAAGAUCGUUUCCUCAACAGAGCCGCAGACAAAUCGCUAAAGGUUCUAACAAACGCAGUCGAAGAGAACCCUGAAGCGUUAGUUGUUGUUCUUCAAGGAUUGAUUGAUGGCAAUGGCGCAUACAGCUUUGACCGAGUCACCAAGACAAAGACGGUAGAAAAGCUUCUGAGCCUGGUUGAUGACGCAAAUGGCGAAGCUGUCCUCGAUGUCCUCACCUCACCAGUUUUAGUUGUUUCAAGCUCAGAAACCAAUGACGCUGAGAAACGUCGACAAAUGUUCGGUGACUACGUUUUAACUGCGAUCCGCCAUGUUGAUGUCGCAGAAGCAUCAGAAAAAUCAAGUUGGAUCAAAACUGCUGCGUUACCUCAACUUGCAUCAUUGGCAUAUUCGAACAACUCAGAAGCCAAACCUCCAAUCUCUGAAGGCACUCGAACAUUAAUCAGGAACCGCUUGACCUCUGCUUUUACUCACUUAUUAUCUAACAUGAAUGGCUAUCAUUACCCUUGCGAUUUGGUCAUUUCCUGUCAACCUGAUGCAGUUGCUAUGGACGGACUCAUCACCAAUGCCAAAGACGCUGCGUUCGCUACAUUACAGAAGCUCAUGAAGAAAGCAAAGAAAGAAGGAGGAAAGGACAAGGCAACAUUCCAAGCCUUGUCAUUGUUAUACGCUUUGGUCAUCUUCCAAUUGUAUAAUGGCGACGUUGAAGCUGUGUCCAUUCUAGAUGAAUUGAAAUUAUGUUACGACAACUUAGUACGACACAAAUCGACAGAGGAUUCGGAAGUUGAGCCUUUCGAGGUUCUUGUGGAGCUCUUAUUAUCUUUUCUUUCCAGGCCGUCUGCACUCCUUAGAAAGGUCACACAACAUGUAUUCACUGCAUUCAUGAGUGAGAUGACUGAGGGUGGACUAAAGCUCAUGACAGACGUUCUUGAAACUAGCGAAAAUAUAAGAGGACAGCAGGAAAUGUUUGAUGAGAACCCAGAUGAUGAAGACGCGAUGGAUGUCGACGAAGAAGAUGAUGAAAUGGAUUCGGAUGUUGAAGUUGUUGACAUGAAUGGCGAUGAGGGCCAUUUAAACGCACACCUCGCGGAGGAAGAGGAGGACAGCGACGUAGAAGACGAUGAGGAGGAAUCUGAAGACGGAGAGGAUGAAGGAGAUGACGAGGCCAACAAAGAGCUCAAUGAUGCAUUAGCAAAGAUUCUUGGCACCUCCGCGUUAGAUCAAAAUAAUGAAAAUGAGGAUGACGGCAGCGACUCUGAUAUGACUGAUUCGGGGAUGGAUGCUUUAACUCCAAAACUCGAGGAGGUUCUUGGACGGAUGCAAAAGAAAGGACCAAGUAAAAAACAAGAACAGAAGGAUGCCAAAGAAAAUAUGGUCAACUUCAAAAGCAGAGUUUUGGACCUUCUUGACAUUUAUGCCAAGAAACAAGCAUCUAAUCCUCUGGCUGCGGAAAUUUUACUACCUUUAUUGCGCUUGAUUCGUACUACUAAGGCCAAACAUUUAAGUGAUAAGGCAUUUUCAAUAAUUCAAUCCUUCGCAAAAUCCAGAUCAAAGGCAUCAUCUUCGGAUUCUGAGGCAGAAAUUAACGUCAAGGCACAUAUUACGUUGAUCAAGGGUAUCCACGAGGAAGUACUCAAGGACCAAUCUAAAAUCUUUGCCAAAGCUGCCAGUACAGCUAGUUUAUCUUUGGCGUCUGGCAUAUACAGAGCGGACAAGAGCCAAUUCGAGAAGAUUGGAAAGGUGUACCUGCACACGAUGACUAAGUGUGAUGUUGAAGGAGUCAAAAUCCAGGCGAGUUUCGUUGCUGAUUGGGUUAAUUGGUGGCAGAGUCAUAUUGCUCAUUCUGCCGCUGGUGCGACUGGUGCGGCUAAAGAUGAGUAAGGGGCCACAGAUAGACUAUGGGAUCUAAUGUAUUUGUAAAAGAUACCAUUGAAUUAAAAGUUUAAGCGAUCAUACUGAGAUAAAGGGGAU